AAGCAACUUUUGACAUUCGUCAUUCGUAAUUUUGUUUAUUUGUGCAUCUACAAAAAUUUAGGUAAUUUUCCUACUUUCUAGCUAUAAAAAGAAAUAUAACUACUGAAUAUCGAAUUUGCUAAGACACAAGGGGAGCAUAAACAGUGCCACGCUAUGAAAGCGGGUACAUUUCGUAACACACAAUGGGAUCCUAUGUUGCUCAUAGCACAGAUCAUCUCAAUGCAAUCCUGCGUCUAUUUUACAUUGGGAUUGUUGGUGUUUAUAGCAAAUAUAUUGGCCGGUGAUAAUUACACAUUGGAUAAUGUUUUUGAAUAUCAUGAAAUACAUAUAUCCGAUGCAGGUGGACGCCUCAUAAUUCUCGCUUUUGUAUUGAAUUCAUUUAUUGCUUCCUUUGCGCUUUGGUUUAUUGUACGGCGUGCGAAGUUGUGUUUAGAUUUUAGUUGCACAUUCCACAUUCUACAUUUACUUAUUUGUUGGUGGUAUAAUUCAAAUUUCCCUUCAAAUAUUAGUUGGUGGCUAUUAAAUGCCAUUACAACGACGAUAAUGUGUAUAGGUGGCGAAUUCCUGUGUCUUAAAUCCGAAUUAAAAGAAAUACCCGUUGGCUACGCAGCUCUUAAUCAAAAAUCUGAUGUUUAAAUUCCCGAGAAUUUGUACGAUAGCUGUGAAACGAUCACGUAUUAAUCGUUAGGAUAAAGUUAAAUGUAAUAUUCGUGAUUUAUGAUUAUAUUUAUACUUGUUCAUAAUAAUUUUAUUUAAUAUUGUAAUAAAAUUUACAACUACAUUUAAUAUCA